AUCCACCAGUCACUCCGUCGUAUGGUAGUCGUCGUUUCCCAUCGUUUCCGCCGUCAGUCAGUGUCCUUUGUUGGCUGGAAAAGUACGGUCUAGUCGUGGAAAAUCUCUCGCUGAUUCUGUUGAUGCGCGUUUAUCAGUGUAUCGUAGUGCACUUUUCAUCUCAUUGGACUUUUCUGACCUGAUCCGGGAAGCUGUCGAAUCCGGACAGGAACGGGGCACGGCCGUGCUACUUCCGCCCGAUCUAGGGAUCAGAGGCUGCUUUGACUACGAAAAAGUGCUAAAAUGGCCAUCCGGGGCCAAGGAUUUGCUUCCGUAUGGUAGCACUGCCAAAUGCUCCUACGCGGCAGUCUGUGAGGGUUUGGAAAAGUUUUUUCCCGAUGAAGAAAAUUCCUCCUCGCGGGAUCCCAUAUUUCCACCGACGAGUGUGAAGGGGGAAUAGAAGAAAAUAGGGGAACCGGGGAAUUGUGUUUUUGUGGCGAAGACCCAAAGGAUUUGCGAAGAAGACAAAGGAAUAAAAUGUGAUUUCAAGGGGCUCGGUGUGUGGUACGCGUGGAGCGCGCGCGGGGUGCGAGGCGUACGCGUAGGAAGGAGCAAAAGCUCCCACAAGAAGAAUGAACAGAAAAAUACAUUGUGAAUGCAAAAGAGAGCAACUGGUGUAGUGGGAAAAUUGGAUUUUCCUUCGCACCACGCGGUGCGAGGGGUCGACGUCGGGUCGGGCAGUGCGCGCGGUUGGGGAUAGAUCGUGACGAAGCGACGUCGUCGUCGUCGUCGUCGUUUAUAGAUACAACCGCAGUCACCAGCAAUAGUGUGUCCGUAUUAUUUUUGCUGUCGAACUGAUCGAAAAACCACUCACUGUCACGCGUUCGCGUAGAUUUACAUCGUGUGAUAAUGUACGGCAGAUGGCACGCAACAGGAAGUUGUGCGGUUGGAUGUGGAAGCGCGUCCUGAAAAACAGACGGUUCCUAAUUCGAAAGUAAUAUUGAAUAGUGUGUAGGCGUAAAAGGAGAGUUUUCCAUCCGAUGUGGAAAGAAGUGUGAUAAAUAUUGUGAUACGUAGCUUAGGAAAGGAAAACGGGAAGAUCCGGGUGCUUUUUGGAAAGGAUUGGUAGGCGUUUCACAGCCUAGACUUCGAGAGGUGCUCAAAGUGCGAUAUAUGCUAAUAUGCUCUGUGCAGUUCACUGUGGAGUGAGUUACCUUACCAAAUAGUGUACUAUUUUGAACUGUAACGAUGUAAACACAAAACAUACGUUUACAUGCAACGGUAAGAGUUAGAUCAGAAAAAAAUUGGGACUCCGCAGUGUAACCGAAAAGAGUGACCCCCACCCGCGUGUGCAAAUCGUGUAGGCAUCUACGGCGAAGCUCCCUGAGCAGGAGCGGAAUACAAUGUGACUAAGUCUUGUAAUGCCAGUGAGCGUUGGCGUCUCAUCGUUACAUUUUUGAUGUAAACAGAAAACAUAUGGAAAGUGGAAUGAAGUGGCUGUAUACGAUUGGGGAGCUAAGAUUAUUCAUAUUAAGAAGUGAUCUAAGAAUUAAAUCUAAUGAAGUGAGUCGUGAUUCUCCGGAAGUGAUCAAUACAAGAAGAAAAUUGAACUCCAAUAGAGAGCUACAAUCUGGGAGUGUCGUGAGACCUGUGGUUUGAGUUUUCGAUUCGCGACCGUGUAAGGGAAUCAGAAAGGAAAAUGAGUUUCACUUGUUGAACGGUGCAACGUUCCUGCGUGUACUCGUGGCCAUGCCAAUGCGAAAAUAUCGACCCACAUCGACGACGUCCGCCAGCUGUAGUAGUAGUAGCAGUAGCAACAGCACUAUCACAAAUCUGACCGUUACGAACGUGACACCGACGAUAACGACCCUGGCAGGCGCCACCAGUCUAACUCCUGUGGUACCCCAGCACCAUCAUCAUCAUCAGCUUGCUGUUGCUACUGCCGCCACCGCCGUCGCCGGAACGGCCCCACAACGAGUUGUCCACCAUCAUCACCAUCACGCGGCCAAUUGCAAUCUGAAUCUCAUCACUACCGCCGCCGCAACUGCUGGAGCAUAUCAACCGGUCACUCCGCAGCCUCAGCCGGCACCGUUGCAGCGAACCACGGCUAUCCAUCCGGCACCGCCGCCACCGAUUCUCGAUCCGCUACCGCUCUGUCUCGAUGCCAACGGGACGUAUCUCUGCACCGCCUACAAUCCACGAUGCUACAUCAUACAAAAGUUGACGCCUACGCCAGUUAGCUGCAUAACGUACGAACUGACCCCGGUAGCAGCUCCAUUCACGGCCUUUCCGACCACAAGUUUAGCGAGCUCAGUAGGCUCACCAGCCUGCAUCGAAGAAAUCAUCGAAUAUCCGAAGCCACAUCCGGCAACGGUGGAACUCGUCCAUCAACCACAGCACCAUCAACAACCCCAGCAGCCGUCUCAUCUGCACCAUCAUCCUGCGCCGCAAGCCGUACACUACGUGGAUGCCGCCAGUGCCUCCCAUGUUCUAACACCCACCAGCGGCGGCGGAGGGGGAGCUAUUGUGAACCCUAGUGUCGUAUCGAAUAGCAGCAAUGCAACCGGUAGUGGUGGGCACAAUGAGCUGCUUAGUGUGAUCGAAGCAAUUGGGGCGGGAUCUGGUGGGGGUGGUAGUAGUGCGCCCAGUUCUGGUGGAGCAACUAGUGGGGGUGAAGUGAUACCAAUCAUAGCUUCUAGUGGUACGAAUUUUACUUUUCUAGGCAACAGUAUUGCUACCACCAGUGCUGGUGUAGGCGGUGCCAUAGUUCCUGUAGGAUCCACCGGUUUAUUGAGUGCCGGAACGAUUACCAGUAUGCAACCAGUAGGAUUAGGACCUGUUACCAAAGUACAAAAUAUGCUUCAGCCCACGGCAUUGCAAAUUGCCGCCCCUGUUGCGGGGAAUUUCGCACCCGGUGCAGCCACAGGAGGUUACGUGUUAAUGAAUGGGGAUGCCGGAAAAAUGCCCACAACUGCCGCCGUUUAUCCAGCGGGUGCUGAAGCCAUCAUCACCGGUGGGAUGGCCGGGCUAACCUUGGUUGGGGCACAUCCUUCACAGACGGCACACCUUACCUUGACCCCGACGACAGUUGUCCCCGCGGCGGUGGCCGUUCCUAACGAUUACGCCGUCAUGAAUGGUGGCACCGUCACUAACCAGAGCAACAGCACCAACAAUAACAACACAAACAAUAUCAGUAGUAACAGUAGCAACGUGAUGCUAUCGAACGAACCGGCAGCUGGUGACUACUACGUGGACAGCAACAGUGCUGCUGCCCUCACUUCCUCGUCUACGGUUACCACAAACAAUAACAACAUCAACACUAGCAGCAAUCAGCAGAGCAGUAUAACUGCCAGCAACAGUAACGUUAAUAACAACAUUAGCAGUAAUGUUAGCAGCAGCAGCACACAGACAACAAUGGGCAGCGGCGGCGCAGGUGGUCCCGUUGCUGCUGGCAUUGUCAACAAUAGCGGCGGUAUUGGUGGCCCUGCCGCUCCUACCGCCAACGCCACCACCAGCACCAGUGAUACUAGUAGUACCGAAAACAACGGUAUGCCUUUAGAGCAGCUGAAGCAGCAGCUACAGACGCAGCUCGAUUACUAUUUUUCGAGAGAAAAUCUAGCCAACGACACAUAUCUGAUAUCCCAGAUGGACAACGAUCAGUACGUGCCGAUCUGGACGGUGGCCAACUUCAACCUGGUGAAGAAGCUCACCAAGGACAUCAAGCUCAUCACAGAGGUGCUGCGCGAUUCGCCCAACGUGCAGGUAGACGAAGAGGGCCUCAAGGUGCGACCGAACCACAAACGUUGCAUCGUAAUCCUGCGGGAGAUACCGGACAACACGCCGAUUGAAGAGGUUAAGAACAUUUUCCAAGGUGAAAACUGUCCACGAUUUAUCUCGUGCGAAUUUGCUCACAAUAAUUCCUGGUACAUCACGUUCGAAUCGGACGAGGAUGCCCAACGAGCAUUCCGGUAUCUGCGGGAAGAAAUCAAAGAAUUUCAGGGAAAACCGAUCAUGGCUCGAAUAAAGGCCAAACCGAUGAACAGGAUUCCACUUGCCACGGCAGUUCCGCUGAAGAAUGGCUUCCGAACGACGCCGCCGCCACCGGCUGGUGCAGCGGUGCCUGUUCCGCCGGGUGCUCCCGGUGCUUCUGCAGCCGCUGCUGCUGCCGCCGCCGCAGCUGCAGCAGCGGCCGCCGUUUACGAUCCGACGCAAGGCGCAGCAGCCGUAGCUGCCUAUCCCGGGCAGCAGCGGUACAUCACGGUGCAGCCGAGUCACAGCGCGAUACCUCAGGGAGCGGCCGUGCCGACUUUCAAUGCGCCAGUUCACAUGUUUCCAUUCCAGCAGCAGUUCUAUCCAAGCAUAAUGCAACCAUGGCCAACAGCCCCACCACCGGCUCCAAACUACUACGAUCUAAGCACAUUCGUAGCUAGUAACGGCUUGCAGGUUCCGUUCACAACCGGCGGAGGAAAGCAACAGAAUGGGCGAUUUAGCAUGCAGGGAAACAUGGGUGGACCGCACCGUGGUGGCAAUAUCCGCGGAAAGCGACAACCGAACCCUUCGAUACCAACCGGUAGUAAUGAGCAUCGUUCCGGUGGUGCCAAUACGGGCGGCGGAGGGGGAGGAACGAAUGUUGCGGGUCAGAACCCAGUGACAGCAUCGGCGACCAACGAAAGUCAACCGAAUCAUCGAGUUUCCAAUCAACCAUCGCACUACCACCAGCAACAACAGCAGGGAAAUCAACAGCAGCAGCAAUCCCAGCAGCAACAGCCUCAGCAACAACCUCAAACGCACUACCAGCAGCAAUCCGGCGGAGGUAAAAACUCCUCCCUCUUAGGACAUGGAGGAAAGACCUACCACAAGGAUCCAUCUAUUGUGCCACAUUACCAGCAUUAUCAAUCGCAACAACCACAGCAUUAUGGCAAUCAUCCACAGUCUCAUCACCACCAUCAGCAGCAGCAGGGCGACGAUUCUAGCAAUUCAUCCGGAGCCGUCGGAAUGCGAUCGGGCAACCAAACCGCAAGCGAUCACUAUCAGUCGAACGACGAUAGUAGCGGCUACAGCAGCCUACCGUACAACAGCGGUCGGAAUAAGAAUCUGGAUGGCCAACAGCAGCAGCAACCUUCUGGUCCAUGGGCAUCGAAUCAGUCUCGACGGCACACCCGGCGGAGAAAAGAUGACAUGGACGGAAGCGGCGGCGGAACCAUGUACAGCAGCGGAGGUGGAAGCGUUCGGUCUAACAUGAGCUACAGUAGUAAUAGUAAUAGUCUUAGCAGUAGUAUGAACAACGGUGCAAAUUCCAACGUGAAGGUUAUGAACACAACUAGUCUGAAUCAAAUGAUCCCGGCGUCGGCUGGACCUCCGCAUGGGCGCGGUGCCCGUGGUGGAAAUCCGGAUAACCAGGUUCACAACAAUCCAACGGUUUCGGGAAACGUGAUUGCGUCGAUGGGUGGCGAAGCUGGCGGCGGUGGUAGUCAUCAUCAUCAUCACCAUAGUGGUGGUGGCGGUGGGGGCUAUCAUCCUCAUCAUCAUCAUCGCGGCGCGGGAGUUACCACUGGGUUUCACCAGCAACACCCGCACCAUCACCACCAACAACAGCAGCAUCAGCAUCCGCAGCAGCAGCAACAGUCACACUUGCAGCAAUCGUCCAACAGUAGCAGCAGUGUGGCACAGCAGCAGCAGCAGAAUGCCGCCAGCACCCCCCAAUCGACGCAAUUCGACCUUGAACCAGCUGCAUUUCCACCCCUCCCCGGUCAUGAUGACAGUACCACCAGUAGUUCCACCGGUGGCCGUAACAAACACCAUCAAUCCCGCGAACAGCAUCACCACCAUCACCAGCAGCAGCAGAAUCAUCCGCAAUCCAAUGCAGCCGCUUCCGGUGGUGGUAGCAACCAUGGUUCCUCUAGUGAUCACCCAUCCGGCUAUGCUGGCGGCGGCGGGCCCACCGAUGGUUCCACGUUUCCGCCCGUGGCUACCGCCUGGGGCGAAAGUCGACUAGCCGAUGUUGUUAAAGGUACUGCCGCACUCUCAACGAAUGCCUCAUCGAAAGUAGCAGUAGCAGCGAAAAGCACGACGUCCCCACCGCCACAGCAGCCAUCCCAAAGUAGCACCAGCAACAAUAGUGAGCUUAGUCAAGAAAACUCCACAGCUUCGGCAGCUGCCACUUCAGAAGUGAGCGCAGCCGCCGGACGUGACCAACAGCCUUCAGCCAACACACCGAACGUUUCCUUACAUGGCAACAGUGGCAACAGCAACGAGUCUGGCUCCACGGCCUACAGCGGCAGCAGCAACAAUAACACUAGCAAAGUAAUCAAUAAUCCUCUUCCUGUGAUAAAAUGUACAACCACAAGUACAUCUGCAAGCACCACUGCUGACAAAUCUACAAAGACUGACGAGUCAUUGCUACUGCAGCAAGUUAAUGGCUUGGAUUCAACGGUGGCGGCAAGCCCGGUAUCUACCUUUCGUAAGGCUUCGGCUGACCCAGUGAGCUGCCCUACGACAACCAAUGCUGCUACAAUGACCUCGACUGAGUACGUUACUGCUGCUGCCUCGUCCGGCAGCAGUUCUUCCGGCAAGCACCACUCGUCGUCAUCCUCAUUACUUUCGGUUACUUCUAGUACUGGUACGCCUAACUCCGUGGCUGUGACUUCCGCAUCGACAAUGACCGUACCGGUAUCGGCAACCAAAGCGAACCAGAGCUCCAAUACCAAACACGGCGCUGGCAGCCACAAAAAUCCAAAAUCACCAACUACGCCGACGGUGGCUUCCGUUGCCGCGGCGGCGGUCGUUGCUUCGGCGUCUUCUUCUUCGGCCAGUCUGUCGUCACAUGUUGCUUCCGCUCCGCCUCCUUUCUCCCUGCAAAAUCACCCCCCUUUGGGAGGCGUUCAGGCCAUCGUGCCGGAACCGCCUCAGCCAACUACAACUACUCAGGUACGCCUUAGCUACGCUCAGGUCGCUCAGCAUCUGAAGGAACAGCAGCUGAAAGAGAAGGAACACCAAGACUCUGGCGCCAAAGUGCUGGAAAAGGAAAACUCCAAUCAUGUGCUCGGGGUCAACAGCAGUAGCAGUAGUGGUGGCAGUAGCACCAACACCGGCAGUGGUGUCAGCAGCACCAACAAGAAGAAGGAUGCACCGCCUAGCUCAAGACUCUCCGCAAUAAACUCGUCGCAAUCGCAGCAGCACAGCAAUGACGGAUUCAGGGAACAAAGAGAUACUCGCUUCAACAGUGUCGGCAACGCCAGCAACUCUGCCAAUUCUCGCCAGAACGCCAAAGAUUUCCGCUCCUCGACGACAGGUGGCUCCAACAGCAACAGCAGCAGCAGCGGUGGUGCUAGUAACACAAUCUCUUCUCAGAACGCCAACGCGACCGCCGCCGCCGGAACGGGUGGCAGCACUGCUGGAAACAUAACCACAGCAACCUCCGGAGGUGCUGCCCCGUCCGGCACCAUCACCUCCAGUAGCAGCAAUGGCGGUAGCAAUAGCUUGUUGAAGGCUCCCGCCGGAACUGGUGGCGGCAGAACGGCACCGCGACCGCACCAGCUGAAGGACUAUGUCCAGCCGCAGCACCAGCAGGGACCCCGUAGUCCCAAAUGAUGACGCUUGAUAUGGAUAUAAGCCGCGGAACGGAGAAGGAUGUAGGAAACCGAAGCGUAUAUUCAUAGCUAAGAAAAGCCCGCCGCGUUGUUCACUGUUAGGUUCGUGCGAGGUUUGUGUAGCAUAUAGAGAGGAAAUACGUUGUAGGCGACGGCGAUCGAAUGUCGAUCGGAUCGGUUGAGACGCGAGUCAAGUUGGUUAUUUUUCUUUGUUGAUUUUUGUGUUAGGAUAGAGAAAACAAGAGGGAAAUGAGAGGUAGGUUCGAAAUGGAAUGUGAGAGGGAAUGGGGAGAGGGAACUGACUAUUUUGAAAGUGCAAGCAAAGGAAUAGAAUUUUCCUUUCCGAAUGAAUGCGUGUUCAGUGCCGUUUUGACUGCAAGUUUAGAUCUCAAGUGGAAAGGAAGUCCUAGGAAGGCGAUGGAAGGCAUGGAAUUCAAGUGAUGGAACACGAGGAGAUUGAACUAUCCAGGAGAUUUGGAAGCGCUCAAAUUGACAAAUUCAUGUCUUUCGGGAAAUAGUCGAUCAUUUCGCAUUAACUUUUUCUUCAAUCGCAGUCGAUGCACCCGAUAUGAUACCUGGUAGUUUGUUUUAGUUCGUGUAGUAAGUAUUACUACUUUAGUAGGUUCACGAAAACGCGUAGGAAACCUUCGAAAAUUUCCUUCAACAUUGACAAUUUUUAGUAAGUAAUGGCUUUCGAAAGGCAAGACAUAAAAGGAAUGCGUUAAAAAAAUCGAAUGCCUAGUUGACUUUUCCACCUAAAUUAUAGUUAAAUUCAGUUUACUUUACUUUUUGCGUCGAUCAUAUUCACACAUGCAAGAAAUCGGUUAUGGUAGCUGUUUGUAGGGUUUCCACAAUUAUAUUUUCCAGAAGUUUCCGUUAGAUUCGCAAGCGUUUGAAACACAAAUCAAUGAAAAACUAAAUAUUCUUGCUUUGCCUGUACGUUAGUUUGCCGUUUCGGUUUCCUAAAAUAAUAAGCAUUGUCACGUGUCAAAAUGAAGCUUUGGAAGAAGCUACUGCCGGAUUUAGGUUAUAUUCUACUAUCUCACCUACGCCCCCAACUGCUAGCCGCAAGAUGUAAGUACUGUUACGAGAGAUAAAAAAGAAAUCUGUUUUCCCAAGAAAAAGCUAUGUUAUGACCUAACAAAAACCCACAUCCUAGUCUUCUAUAUUGUUUUAAACGUCCAAACAAGACAGCGAAAAGAGAGGGGGGAAACAGCUGAAUCUGUCGGUUUAUGUCUACUCAAAUGGUCCCUGAACGAUAUUUAUGUAUCUAUUAAGAACUUCUUUAACCGUUAGACUACACAGCACUAUUCAAUAUCCAUUAGUUAUGUACCCGCAACCACAAACAGGUGAACAUUAUCCCUAUGCCCUUAUGACCUUAUAUUUUGUUUGUUAUUUGUUACCUAUUGGUUAGUUAUAAUUUCUCUUAGGACUAUGUAUUUCCAACCUAAUUUUACCACGGUUUUCACAUUACCUACGAUAGUGUCUGUUUUCUGGGUGGAAUCGUCUCUUCUACGAACUACGGUCAAGUCGCCAAUGAUAAGAACGUCGAAUUUCUGUUUUAAACAUUUGAAUAAGGCCUGCAAGAGCAUGUUCAAUCUCGACGAUUUGAACCGCCGAGAGUACGUUAACCUACAUGACUUCUCCACGGAAUUAUGAAUGAAAACCACAGGCUGUACGCUUUAUGGAGCAGCUUUGCACGUCGGAAAAGUCGCACGUCCUUGUAUCCUUCACGAGGGAUGGUCCAUUUUUUUACAAUAAAUAUGCCAAUUACUGUUACAGUGCUGUUAAAUAUCAGGAGUUUCACGUGGCUUUGACAUUUUAAUAUUGCGAAUAUCACGCUUGCCAGUGAUAAUAGUCAUUGGCGGAUGUGUUUUACGAUGAUCAUUUCCAGAUUACUAUUGGUUGGUGAAUCUUAUUCUGCCUAUGAUCGCAUAUCAGUCCCAUAUUUGCUGGAUUUUCUAUCCAUAUGGGACAAUUAUGCGAUCAAAUUGGUAUUGGUAUUGGUAACAUAUUUCUCUUGGAAAUACUUCAAGGAACAUUUCCGAGGAAUCGAAUGGACAUGGUUUGAUGCUUCGUACGGCUUUAUGGCAAGAGAUAUUGUACAUUGUGUUCCGAUUUUGAAUAUUUUACACGUGUUGAUGAAGUUUAGUAGAUGCUGUUAUUUUAAAUACAUACUGCCUUCUCAUGUUGGCUUAAAAUUGGGGUACAAAGUUGGGUUAGAAUUUGUAAAAGAAAAAAAAAACUACUGCAAAUAUUUCAGUUAUUGAGUAGGGUGUGGUCCGAUUUCGGCAGGGGUUGAUUGAUUGAUUUGUCUUUAUUAAAAAGACUUUUAUCCUUCGGCAGGGGUUAUAUUUUGGACAUUUUUUGCUAUAACUCACCUCAUUUUCAGUAGCUAGCCUUCAAUUGACGGAGUUAUAGCGCAAAGUUUCCAAAACAGAAUCUCCGGCCAACAUUGUUCCACCUCCAACACAGCGAACAGUGAGAUUCAUUCAGCAAAUGUUGGCAAAAUAUUAGGAUUUGCUAGAUUAAAUUUUAAUGAAAUUAUUUCCUGAAUCUCAACAAUCAAAAUGAAGCACUUAGAUUUCGUCGGGAAAAAAGUUUGCUGAACGCUUGACUGUGUCAAACUCGUGCCAAUCACCGAAUAAAGCAGUACAUUUUCACCGAACUUCAAUAACAUGUUGUCAAAAUCUAUAAACUCCUUGUCGAAAUUCCCAUUUUUUCUUACCGCAAAAGUUUAGUAAAAAUGUUAACCGAACUUUCUGCAUUUCCGGCUAAAUCAUACCGAGCUCGGUAAUUUUUCAAAACAUGUAACCACAUUGUAUGGUUUUAAGGGUCAAAAAGUAUUGCAACCUCAUAAACAUCCGCCAUAUUGGGAUUUGUGCCGCCAUCUUGGUUUCUCAAAAUCUUCCGUUUUUGAUUUUGGAACGCCUUUAUCGUAGUGAAGACACUCGAAAACCACUAUCCUGUUUAUAACCACAAACUUCUAUUUCUAUUUCAUCAUUCAAACGAUAAAACAAAAGAGUUAGGAUAAAUCAAUUAUUUGCGAAAACAAACAAAAAUACAAAACUACACAUACUACACACACAUUAAAAAGCAAACCGAAGAACAAAAAAACUAAAACAAGAGUACGUUUAUGUGUGUGUGUGCGGUGCACAGAGAAAGGUAAAUAUAAAUAUAGUAAACGCUCUAGUUGUUAUAUAUAUGAAAACAAAUUUGUAAACUAAAGAAACUAAAUCAAGAAAUUAGAUACACACACAAACAAAAAAGAAGAGAAAACAAAUACAAGCGACAAAAAAACGUUAGGAGCAACACACAUAUUAUCAAAUUGUCACACACAAAGUGAAGCGACGAAACGAUGAAAAAGGGGGAAAAUGAGAUGGAAAGAAUGAGAGUGAGAGAGGGAGAGCGAGAGCGAUUUGAAAAGAAUUGUCGAAAAUGUUGUCUGUUGAAAACUAUCCAUUAGGAAUCAAUUAGCGUUUUUUUCCUCUCAAUUUUGUUACUUUUUUCCUUUAUGUUACACAAAAUAAGGCUCUUCUAGUGGUAACUACCUAGUAUUUCCCGUUUUUUUAUUUCCUAUUGUUUUUCGUUUUACUUCAAUUGUGCACAACCAAUUAUUAGCACCACCGCCUACCAUCAUCCUGGAGUCCGAUUUCAUACCUUUUUUUGAUAAAUGCGUGCGUUUUUUUCUCACACAAUGAGCUCUAGUUUUUGUUCCUUUUCUAUCAUUUAAUGUCCUAAUUUGUUUUGCGCCCAAAAGUAAUCGAACAAAAUGUCCAAAAUCUAAUUUCCCGGUUUCUAGAGAACGUCGUUAGAGAACACGAGAGCCAAGCCAAGAGAGCGAAAGCGAAAACGAAGAAUAAUAAAUCCAAGUUUGAACUGCCAAUGCAAAACACAGAGAAAUAGAUUUAAAAACACGAAUCACACCGCGUACGUGAAUGAACAAACUAAUAAAAGAAACAAACAAACAAGAACAAAAAAAAAACUAGUAGCGUUUAGGAAAAAGAAUGAAUAUUUUUACCAUAGUGAUUUGCUGCGAAACGGAGCGAAUUGUUUCUUGGGGUUUCCUGUUUGUCUCACCGGUGGUGAUGGUCACCGCUCGCUCGCUCACACCGCGCCGCGCAGCUCAAUCGUUCCAUUUCGGAACGAUUUCGUGUGGUGGUAGUCGGUGAGCGAGAGAGUGGGACAGCAAGAAAGAAUAGGAAUCGAGAAGAAAAGAGUAAUCGAAAAGGGGCUUUGAAAUUGCGCAGGAAUGUGAGAGAAGGAGAGGUGAUACGCGCGCGCUUGAUCGGAACAACUCACUGAGAAAGUUUUGAUGUGUUGUUUUUGUGUUGCCUCGAGAAAAAAAACUCCGGAUUUGUGUUACCUUUCGAGGCGUAUUUUGCCUUUUUUUUAAACUGAGUGGUUGGUACAACGUCCCCACUCAUUGGUUUUAUUGUGGAAUUUAAUAGGCUACCCAGAGAUAGUGUGCUACUCAUAACUCUUUGUGAGCCGCACAAGCAAGGUGUUUCGGAAACGUUUCAAACCAUUCAAGGGGUUUCAAUGAUGUUUCAAAAUGGUUUUAUGGGGACUCAGAGGGUUUCAGAAGCGUUUUGAUAGGUUUCAGGGGACAUUUAGGGUAUUUAAGGGGAUUUCAGAAGUGUUUCGGAAGUCUCGUAGGUUGAGGGCGGUUCAAGAGCGUUUACAGAAGUUUUAAGGGAAUUUUACGAGAUUACAGUGACGCUUUAAGGGGUUUAAUGCGUUUUGGCAGCGUUUCAAGGUUUUCAGACGGUAAUUCAGGGCGUGUUCAGUGGUGUCGAGGUAAUUGUUUCUUAAAUCUGGUGUUUUAUUUGGUUUCAGAGCAAGUGUUGCACGAGCGUUUCAGGCAGAAUAUGGAGUAGUCUUGGAGCCCAUUUGAACCCACUGCAACCUGUGGAACCGUUCCUGAGACGUCCUUUAACGCUCAUGAAACUCCCUGAAUGCUCCUGAAGCGUUCCUAAAAACCUCUGAAACGCCCAUAAAACCUCUUGAGACCCAAUGAGACGCUCUGAAACAUCUCUAAAAGACCAUAAAAUUUCUUUAAAACAACCUGGAACGCACCUACAACCCUAAUGGAAUGAGAAGUUUUGAAAAAAGAGUGUUUGAUUCAAAAGCCAUGUUUGAAAACAUGGUGUCCGGCCGUUUGGCCGAAUGCCGUUUGGCCGGAAGGGUCGUAUGGCCGAAAUACGAUCAGAAUAAUUCAGAGGCGCGCAGACAAACUCUGGUUAACAUUCUACCGUCAGUGUACCAGUAGCCGCUCGUGUUCCAAUAACCGCUCACCGUCUUGAAAAUGAUGUUUAUUGGCAUACAUAUGUAUGAUUGUCUUCAUCUAUGUAUAAUUCGGCACGCAUAUUUUGAAUAUCCGUGGAAAAAAGAUUGUAUUUUUGCAAGGAACUUCGUUUUCCACGCUCGUGAGCGGCUAUUGGAACUUGAGCGGCUACUGGUACGUUGAGGGUAGUUGCCAAUAUGAUCAUCAAACAUAUUUCCUUUUUUUCAUCAUAGACUAUUCUACUAUUAUCAUAAAUGGAAUGGUUGGCGUUCAUACUGUUCAACUCAAGCGAACUUUUCUAUGCUCCUAAAUAACUAAAUACUGCGAAUAUUUUUGUCAGAUAUUUUUCCUUCUGGCUGUUCUUUUGAGUUAUACUGAUAUUCCUUUUUCGGCCAAACAGCGUUCGAUCAAGCGGCAUUCGACCAAAUGACCCGGAAUAAAAUAAAUAGUUUAUCAUCAUUAGAUUACUGAACGUUAACCCGCUGUUAUCGCUUCAAACGACCUGUCAUAUGUAAGUCUUUAACCUCCCGAUAAAUUUUGUUGGAUCGGCUCUACACCAUUUGACAUAAAAGCCAUUUGGCAUAACGGCAAUUUGUCAUAAUGGUCAUUUGGCAUAACAGGGAUGCACAUUCUUACCAAGAAGGCUGUUCUUCGUAGUAUGCCAACCGGCAGUAUGUCAAAUUGUUGUUAUUCCAAAUGGCCUUUAUGCGAAAUGGCAUUAUGACAAACAGCAUUAUGCCAAAUGGGAUAGAGCCGUCGAAUCUCUCUUGGGACUCUUCCUGAUCUACUUUUAAGAUUUCCCAAUGGGUUACUUCCUGGAAUUUACCCAAAAAUGUUUCUGGGUUUCCUCUAGAGCUUAUUUUGUACCAUUCAGCUUGAUUAUCUCUUGGAAUUAGAUGAGAAAAGUUUUUUUUUAUUAUUUCUUCUGAAGUUGUUUCAAGAGUUCCAGGAAUCGGAACUCAUUAAGGAACUCAUUUUGGCUUUUAUCCAAAAGAUCCUCUUGAAAAUUCUGUAAAAGUUGCUGCUCCAAAAUGUUCCUUCUCCGAGGUUUUCUUCAGAAUUUCCUAUGGAAAUUCUGCUAAGGUUACUUUCUGAAAUCCCUUCCGACAGUCCUCCAGAAGUUGCUUCUGGGAUUCCUCCCAGCAGUUCUAACUGGGUUUCAUCCAAAUUUUUCCUGGGAUUUCAUCAGGAAUUCUGUCUAAGCUUCUUUGAAGAGCUACGUCUUGUAAUUUUUAUAGGACUCGUCCAAAAUUUCUUCAGCAGUUUCAUUUGAUAUUUAUGCAGGAUCUUGAUUUUUUUCAAGAGCUUUUGCUAAAAUCUCGCCUUAAAAAUUUCUCCAGGGUUUGUUUCUUAAAGCGUUUCCUCCAAGAGUUUCUUUCUCCGAAUUCUCAUUCUCCAGGAGUUUAUUGUAGUAAUCCUCCAGAAAUAGCUUCUAGAAAUCUCCCGAGGUUCAUUCUGGGAAUACUCUCAGGACUUCAUGCAGGAGUUUCUUCUAGGAAUAUUCCCGGAGCUCCUUCUGGGAAUGCUUCAGGAGUAUCCUCUGAAAACAUUUCAGAAGUUCUGCUUUCACUUAUGAAUAUCUUUCAGAACUUGUUUCUAGGAUUCCUACAGGAGUUCCUUGUGAGAAUCCAUCAGACGUUCCUUCUAGAAAUCCUCAGAAGUGUCUUCUGGUAAUCCUCCAGGAGUUUCCCGAACUUCUUUUUGGGAAUGCUCCAUGGGUGCCUUCUGAAAAUCCUCCAGAAGUUCCUCGUGGGAAACCUUCAGAACUUCCUUCUGGGAAUCUUACAGAAGUUCUUUUAGAGAACAAAUCGUCCGAAAAUUGAAAAUGUGUAAUUUUUUAAAUCUAAGAAGAGUAUCAAAUUCAGCCAUUAAUUUUCUCACAGUGAAUUGUUUCCGACGAACGUGUUCUAGAAUCGCGAUUUUCCGCGAAACAAACGGUAGUGAGGAAGUGAUACGCAACACACACAGCGGUGCAACUCCGCGCAAAAGAGUGGAAAGACCAGGCCCUAAACCUAUAGUGUUAUAGUAGAGGCGACUAGUAGUGAUGAGAGAGCGUGUGCGUUUGCGCAGGCUACGCAGGAAAACUGACUGCGUUAAGAGAGCUCAGUGAGAGUGUGUGUGUGCAGGAAUUAGGAAACAAAUUAAUAAAUUAUAAUAAAUUACCAAUUGCUAACUAGUUUCUAAGAGACAUUGUUUUUAUUUUGCUAGGAGUUACACAAAUAAUUAUAGUUCCGGGGCGGAAGUGUGAUUUCCCGGCGACGAUAAGUGUGCGAACCUAUCUGCGGGAAACACUUUCGCCAAGGCGGAACAAAACGCGGUGAAGUGAAGUGGGGUUGAACCUAAAGAGGAAACUAUCUUAUUGGUAAAUAAAAUGUGAACACAGAUACACACUGUAAUCAGCCGUAGGUUAGCUUUGUAAAGUAAUAUUUAAAACAAAAUAUCUACAUAAUAACUAAAAAGAUAUAUGAAAGUAUAUACUAAGAUAUAAUUAUUGUAAAUUGAAAGAUUGAACAGUUGCAAACAAAACUCUAGAAAGCAAAGCGACAGGAUGAAAACCUAUGAACGAGCGAAGCGAUAUGAAGAAUUGAUGGAUAAAUAAUGUGAGAUACAGCGUUUUGUCACUGACGGAUUUCCGACCGGUUUGCGACUGUCUAGGAACUCCCCUUCCGAAAAGCAACAACCCAAACCAAGUUCACUCAGCGAAAAACACCGGUUCUGUUUCGUUUUGAAGCUACUUACGAUCGAUGUUCGCUAGAUGUGAUAAUCCUCAGAGUGCAGCUUCAUGUAUGCAAAUGUGAUAUUGUUAUGGCAAUUUGGGACAGCAAUAGGUACCAACAACCUUCCUUUGUGUUUCAGUUUAAGGUUCACCCUUUCGAAACAAACAUCCUACAAAUCUAUCGAAUCUGAUGAUUACAUCACCGCGCAUACACUCACCAAAUAAAUGCCAACACGCGCUCCACCGGUCAGCAGAUAUCGGUCGGUGACAAGAUGGUCUUUAAAGUUUAAAAUUAAAGUAAAUCAAAAAAGUAUAUAAAUUAAAAGUAAAAAAGCAGAUAAGCGUAAAUAAUGAAACAGAAAAAAACAACCCUAUUGAUUUAAACACAUACACACACAAAAACAUUGUUGUAAAGUAAAACUAAAUGAGAAAAAAAAGAUGAAAAAAAUCCAAAAAUAUAGAAAAAUACAAGAAGCAAAAAAGCAACAAAAAGAGACCACAGAAAAAAAAAACAAAAA